GUAGCCGGAUAAGUCCGGUCAGACCCAGGGUUUGACCGAUUUUGACCGGCUUUGACCGGUUGCCGGCUAGCUCAAAAUAUGGCUGGUGCUGGCCCCUUUUGUGCCCGGUUCCGACCCAACCCGGUCGAACCGGCCGGUUAGAGCCGGGUUUGACAACCAUGCAUAUCCCCUAACAACAAGUCCAACCAAAGAUGAUGUUAGCUUCAUUGGGCUUACUACGAUGGGCCGCAACUGGUCGAGUGGGUUGGUCUAAUAACAAGGUAUGAGAAUUGACACGUUACAAUUCGCAAAAUAAAAAAUUCCGAGCAAAACUGAACAUAUAUUAAUUUCAGGUCCAAGUAAUCUUACAUAUUGGGCCGGGCCCAGGUCUCUUGACGAGCAUAUUGUCUAUUGGUCUCACUACGAAAUAGCAUGUUGAAGUUUGGUAUCUAGGUUCUUCAUUGUGCGAAGAAAGGUUGCACUGUCGACGGUUGACCUACUCGAUCUCGUCAGACGCAAGUGGUCAAAAUUGGUCACACAAUAUUUAAGUGCAUUUUGAGAUUAUGACUUUGUAAUCCAAUGACGCCGGCUGCUGGCCGAAAGACCUUUUUCUUGUUAAGAUAAUUCGGUUUAUGCAAUAACCAUAAAGUUUGGAUAAGCAUGAAAGUAUCAUUGGCACGGUGCAAAAUUAAAGGAUAUAUUGAUAUGAUUCAGUAAAACGACAUCAUUUUAUUUACAAAUUAUAAAUCAAUCAUGUUGGUGGCACUUCAACGUCAAUUUUAUAACCGACACAAGCUAAUACCUAGUACAACCGCCCAACAUUUAGCCAAUGUCACAACCAUGAUGCCGGAACACUCUAAUUGGAUGGACGGAAAAUUAUUUGCCAUUGCCAGUUAGUGCUUAGCAUUCAGCAAAGCGGGACUGUUAAUUAGUCGAGUCAACCCGAGUUUUAUCUUGUUCAGGUUUGGUCGUUAAUAAACGAGCCGAGCUCGAAUUUCACUCAUUUAUAAACGAGCUGAGUCUAGUCGAACUCGAGUUGGCUCAUUCAUUAACACCUACUUGACUCAUCAUUAAGAUCAGGAGUUCGGCUUGAGCUCAACUCUACGAUAAUUUAUAUAUUAUACCCUAAUAUUUAUAUCUCAUAUAUUAUACAUGUGAAUUACUAAUCUCAAGACAUAUUUGCUUAAAUACUUAUGAUACAUAAUUUAAUAAACAUAUGAAUUAUCAACAAACCAACUCAUAUGAUAUAGACCGAUUUUCUCAUAAGCCUGUAGUUAACUUGGCUCACUAAUUAAAAUGUCGAGAUAUCUCAUAAGCUCAAAACAAGGGAUUUCACGAGUUGAACUUAACAAGCCACUUACUCGAGCCGACUUAUAAGGCUCACGAACUGAAUAAAGGCUUAACUCAAUUUUGCUCGUUAAUAAAUGUUAAACGAGUCGAGUUUUUUCUUGAUCAAAAGAGUUUUUGUAUUAUCGAACGUCAAGUGAUUCAUAAGUAGUUUGGUUGAUUAGCCCAGUUAGCUUGGUUGAUUAAUAGUCCUAUCAACCAUCAUAAGUUCAGGUUGGGGGCAAGUUAUUCACCCAGUAUAUAUAUAUAUAUAUAUAUAUAUAUAUAUUGGCUUAAUUGCAAGUUUGGUCACUCGAAUUGCUUAAAAAUUUCACGUUUGCCACUCAAAUUGAUUUAUUCCAUUUUUAGUCACUCGAAUUAGUUGAACAGUCCAAGUUCGGUCACUCUCCGUUAACCUCCGUUAAACUCCGUUAAUGACGACCGUAAGUGAUGACGUGGCUAACAGAAAGACACAGUCAGCACAUUUAAACAUUAAAAAAUGACGACCCGACCCGACCCGCCAACUCAGCCUUACCCGCCACCCUCUUCCGCCGCCCCACCUACCUCCGCCGUCUACCCCGAUUCCGUCGAUUCUUCGCCUCGCUCCCGCACCACAGAGUCCUUCUACGAUGAACCGCCCCCUAUUUCUUCCAAGCUCCGCCUCAUGUGCUCCUACGGCGGCCGAAUCGUCCCCCGUCCCCACGACAAGUCCUUCUGCUACGUCGGCGGCGACACCCGCAUCGUCGUCGUCGACUGCCAAGCCUCGCUGUCCGAUCUCUCCGCUAAGCUCUCCACCACUCUCUUGAACGGCCGCGCCUUCACGCUCAAGUACCUGUUGCCCUGCGAGAACUUGGAUUCCCUCAUCUCCCUCACCACCGACGAGGAUUUGGAUAACAUGAUUGAUGAGUACGACCGCACCUCCACCGGUGCCCCCUCCAAUUCCUCCAAACCCUUGGGGCUGCGGUUGUUCCUCUUUCCCGUGAAGCCCGAUUCCUCGCAGUCAGAUUCCCUCAUCUCCCUCACCACCGACGAGGAUUUGGAUAACAUGAUCGAUGAGUACGACCGCACCUCCACCGGCGCCCCCUCCAAUUCCUCCAAACCCUCGCGGCUGCGGUUGUUCCUCUUCCCCCGUGAAGCCCGAUUCCUCGCAGUCAAUUGGCCCGAUUCUGGAGAACAGCGCCGCCAAGGGUGAAUUAAUUGGGUUGGUUCUUGGGUUGGGC